GCUGUUCAACGAAUUUCUGCAAUGUCGGCUUAUGUCAGCAUCAUAUCCCUUCAGAUUGUGUAGACUCUCCAGGCUUUGACUGCGCUAGAAUGAACACCAUUCUCAACUUUUGUCAAAAUAAAGACCAGGCAAAGUUGGUUUGUCCAAAUUUCUGUGGCCUAUGUGACUUGGUGGACGGAAAUUGGGCUGAUUGGUCCAUUUGGAGCGGAUGUGACGUCACAUGCGGAAGCGGCACACAGUCACGUGACCGCACAUGUACAAAUCCUGCUCCAGAACAUGGCGGACUAGAUUGUAUUGGUUCAAAUACAGAAACAAAGGCAUGCAUCAUGAUCCCUUGUCCAAUUCAUGGCGGUUGGAGCCUCUGGUCACCAUGGGGAUCAUGUUCAGUCACGUGCGAUGUUGGAAUUCAGAGGCGUGACAGGUCCUGUUCAAACCCAUACCCUGCAUUGAAUGGUGAUCACUGCUUUGGGGAGUCCAGAGAUGACAGGAUUUGUCAGGAGACGGCGUGCGCAAACGGCGGAUGGUCUUCUUGGGAGACGUGGUCAUCAUGCGGUGUGACAUGUGGUGGAGGACUUAUUACACGACAACGCUACUGUAACAAUCCCCCGCCUUCCUUACUUGGGAACGAUUGUCGCGGGAAAGGAGAGGAAUACACUCUCUGCAACACCCAUACAUGCACAAAUCAUGUAGCGUUCAGUACCCAGCUAUCUGCAAGAUAUACAACCGAAGCGUCCGUUAUUGUUUUUGAUGUUAUCAAAUUGAACGAAGGCCAAGCCUACAACCCACACACUGGAAUAUUCACUGCCCCAUUUAAAGGAAUGUACACAUUCGCGGUGUAUAUUCUUGAAGAUAACCCUCGCACAGUUUCCGAUUGGGCAGAUUUUUACCUUCACAAAAACGACGACCAUGAACCCAUAGGUGCAGUUGACAUCAGCUUUUCUGAUAAUUCAAUCGCACUUUUUCUUCAUGGCAGUAUUACAGUCGUUGAGAAUUUGAAUCGAGGUGAUCGUAUAUUCGUAACAUGCAUUGCGAAGGGAAAAUUUGUCCAUGGCGGACCAUUUUCAAAGUUUUCUGGCUACCUAAUUGCUGAAAAUUAA